GUAUCAAGGCUGAAAAAACUGAGAAAAAUUAAAAAAUAUCCAGUUGCCACUCACAAUGGAAAUGGAUGAUAUGGCUAUACUUCGUCCACAUAUUACAAAAGUUGGGAAAAGGCAUUAUAGGAAACUAGCGUUUGAAGGCAGCCUGUUUUCCAACACCUCUGAUAUAUUUAGCACAAAUGCAGGUGGGGACUCUGGCAAUAUGUACAAAUUUGAUCAAUAUGAAGAGGAUGAACCAGAAUGUACAGCAAUUGAAGCAGUUGGCAGCGGAUUUAAAACCUUGGUGGCUGUACCUGUUGAACUUGUUAAAUUUAUAUGUGGCAAAAAAAUGGAAACAAAACUUAGGAUUGAAAGAGAAACAAAUACUCAAAUUAAGCUUCCUAGGCAUGGUGUUGAAGGACCGGCUGUGAUAACUGGUUCAAGAAAGAAAGACAUCUUAUCCUGUCGCCAGAAAAUUGAGUUGAUAAUUGAAUGGUCAAGACAAAAAAUUCCUCCAACGCACUUCCUCUCAUUUCCUUUGUACAAAAAGGAGACAAUCAGUCGCCUGGAAGACUUUAAAUCUGCUGCUUUAGAAACCUGCGGAGAGUCGAAAGGCCUGGAUGCAAGUAUCUUUACAAAACCUCAAACACUUCAUCAAACAAUUGUGAUGCUUACUCUUUUAACACAGAAAGAAGUGGAAGCUGCAUCAUCUUUGUUAGAAGAGUGUUACGAAGAGAUUAUCAGACCACGCGUUGGAGAGGACCCGAUCAAGAUAAAACUUGAAGGUGUCGAGUAUAUGAAUGAUGACCCAAGUAAGGUUGAUGUUCUUUACGCAAAAGUUCAUGAUGAAGAUGGAAGGCUACAAGAAUUAGCGAAUGCGAUAAUGAAGUACUUCGUUACGAAGGGUCUAGGAAAGGAUGGGUAUGGCAGAGUUAAACUUCACGCUACAGUUUUGACCACAAAAUUACGCGAAACAGAUAAAACAGAACAAACGUCGCGUUUCCAAUCCACAAGUAACAACAGAAGAGCUCCAAUUCAAACAAGUUUUGACGCCAGGGAAAUCACAGAGGUCUUCAAAGACUUCGUAUUUGGUGAACAUCAUGUGGAUUGUAUUCAUCUCUCACAGAGAGGUGUUUAUGAUGACAAUGGUCAAUAUCAUUGCUGUAAAUCAAUACCAUUACCAUAAUUGACAGCCUAAAACGUAGCAAAGCUACAUUCUGUAGUGUAUUCUGUAAUCUGUAGCCUGACAUGCCUGACAUGUACACUCUCCUUACAGUUCGUUCGUUACUGGUUCAUCACUUCAUCUUCCAGGUAUAGCCAGUGAACUGUAAUAUCAACUGGAACGCUAACUCUUAUAGUUCAGCGUAGUACUUGGUUGAAGCAAAAAACUGAGUUUUUGACUCUGUUUCUCGUUAACAAAUAAUUGUAUUUUACAUGGUUCUAGA